AUGGCGGAACAAAUGGCGGUGCUGCAGCAGCUGCUGCUGGCCACGCUGGACCCCAGGCCUUCUGUGCGCCAAGCAGCAGAGCAGCAGCUAACAGCAGCAAGACAAACGGACUUGGGGCAGUUCGUGGGCUCAAUGGCUGCGCUGAUAGCCCUCGAUCAGCCCCUCCCGGGGCCCCAGGGGGCCCCCGGAAGCCCCGAAGACCUCCUCAUUGCGAAGCAAAUUGCUGCAGUUACUUUCAAAAACUCCAUUAGUGCCAAGGAUCUGACCCUCGAUGGUGCUGCUGCGGAAGCUUGGAGGGCGCUGCCGAAUGAAACGAAAGCUGACAUUAAGAAGCAGCUGCUGGCAGCUUUGCACACAGACUGCAUUCAGGUUGGCAAUGCAGUUUGCCAAGUUUUGGCCAAGUUGGGAGUCAUUGAACUUCGCUCGAUGGAGUUCGAAGGGCUGCUGCCCGCGCUGCAGGAAAUGGUGCAGCAGGCAGUUUCUUGCCAGCAGCAGCAGCAGCAGCAGCAGCAGCUGCUGAAGGCCUGCGGCCGCCACGCCCUCACCUGCCUGGCCUAUCUUUGCGAAGAACUUGCAGACAUUGUCUCCGAAGGAGAAGAUCCUUCGGAAGUUUUUUCUGAACAAAGAUGCAAUGUGGUGUUGACAGCAGUUUUGCUUGGACUCAAGGAUCCCGAUCCGCAGCUGAAGGUGGCGGCGUUGCGUGCUUUGUACCACGCACUGGUUUUCGCAAAAGGAAACUUCAACAAAAAAGUGCUUUCCACUUCAGAUAUUUUUGAAAACACUUUUGCACGGAAAAUCGUGCAGCGACUGCAGCCAGAUUGCUGGGGGUUGCUGCAGAAGCAAAGGUUUCGGGAAGAACGGGACUACAUCAUUAAUUCUGUCGUGGAGGCCGGCGACGCAACAAACCCUAGUGCUGUUCAAGUUGCUGCCUUCGACUGCAUUGUGCAAAUCUCCCAAGAGUAUUACUCGCUUCUGGAAGCCUACAUGCCGGCUAUGGGACCAGUGCGUAGGGAGUGCAGCAGGGGGUGGAGGCAGCUGCACCUUUUCUGA